GGAUCCAGCAACACGGCUGCGUAAAAUCAGCUGAGUGCGGAUUCCGGUUUAGUGUGCGGUGUCCGGGCUUGGAAAUCAUCUCCUUCUGUUCGCGGUUUGACGCAUGUGUCAGGUGUUAUGUCUUAAAGUAUUUAUAUCCUCGUUUACCAUGCUCAUUUAGGUCAUUUCCAUUUAGAAAGUUGUUUUUUGGAGCAAACAGUGCUCGGGGAUCAGGUCCUGUUUUUCCUGCAGUAGACACACACUGAGUAUGUUAGGACCACACUGAAGCAUGAUGGACCCCGAGGAGGCAGAACUCCAGAAUGACUACCGUUACCGUAGUUAUGCAGCUGUCAUUGAGAAGGCGUUACGCAAUUUCGAGUCUUCCAGUGAAUGGGCUGACCUCAUCUCUUGUCUUGGAAAACUCAAUAAGGCCCUCCAGAGUAAUCUGAAAUACUCUCUGUUGCCGAGGCGGCUGAUCAUUGGAAAGAGAUUGGCUCAGUGCCUGCACCCGGCUCUGCCCAGCGGCGUCCACCUCAAAGCGCUAGAGACUUAUGAGAUUAUCUUCAAAAUCAUUGGCACAAAAUGGCUGGCAAAAGAUCUAUUUAUCUACAGCUCAGGAUUGUUCCCCCUGCUCGGCCAUGCAGCAAUGUCGGUGAAAAUGGCUUUGCUGGCCCUAUAUGAGCGCUAUUUCCUGCCCCUGCAGAAAGCUCUGCUGCCAAGCCUGCAGGCCUUCAUCAUGGGCCUGCUGCCUGGCUUGGAGGAGGGCCUGGAAGUCUACGACAGGACCGAUGCGCUGCUGUUGAAGUUGUCCCUGCUGAUGGGCCAGUCAGUGUUUUAUGGGGCGCUGUGGGGCUCAGCACUGGUCUCCCCGCUUGUGCGGCUCCCUGCUUCACUCUUCAUCGUCACGCACUUUGACCGCAUGGCCACCAGCCGUGAGCAGAAAUAUAUGCUGGGCAAUGACCACAGACUAGCUGUGAAGGCGACCUGUCUCUCUCUACAGGACACUAAUGUACUGGUCCAGCGAAACAUGCUGGAGAUCCUCCUCUACUUCUUUCCUUUUGCAGCAUGUCUGGACCCAGUGACGUGUUCCGUUCCUCUUAAACGGGAAGAGGUGAUCACAGUGGUGUCUGCUGCGUCACUCACUCUGCUCAGGAGAGACAUGUCACUCAACCGGCGUCUCUAUGCAUGGCUUCUAGGCUUGGAUAUUAAAGGGGGAAUGGUGGCACCAAAUACAAGCUUGUACACUACAGUAGAAGAACAUACUGCAUACUACUUUAACACACGUUCCAGAGAGCUACUGGUGCAGGCCCUAGUGAAUAUCCUGCAGCAGAAAGACAUAGAGAAAGACCCAGAUAACAUCAUGAAUUAUCUCAGACCAUUCCGCAUUCUGAUCAGUUUACUGGACAAACCAGAGAUUGGGCCACUGGUCGUGUCCGAUGUGUUGUUGGAGGUGAUCAGGGCUUUUUACAGUUACUGUAGAGAGUUGCUGGGAGAGGAGUUGCUUAACUCCAGUCAAUCUGGCAACCAGCUCACAAGUAAAAUCAAAGAGAACAAAAAUGUUUCUGAGAUCAUAAAGACGGUCAAUAUGUUGGUGGGAGCAAUGAGCAGUGAAUACCUUUGGGACUACAUGACCAAACGCUUCCACACCUGUCUCAGUGGAUUAAAGGACCGUGCAGGGACGUCUUCAGCUAAAGCCUGGAGUCCUUCUCCAUCAGUGACUGAGCUCUCAACGCUCAUCAUCUUCCUUCUUGAUGUUAUCCCUUUGGAGCUUUAUGCUGAAAUCCAAACACAGUACCUGCCCCAGAUGCUGGGUAGCAUGCUGCAGUCUUUGUAUGCUCACAUGGCAUCUCUCAGCCUGGCAGAGCUUACACAGACACUUAGAGCAUGUUUUAAAGUUCUGAGUAAGAUCCAGAUGCCUGUGAGCUACAUGGACAUGGAUGUGGAAGCACAGACACAGGAUGUAAAGGCAACAAAGCAGGUUGCAGUGAUGGACAUAAAGAACAAUGAGACUGAUAACCAAACCAGUGACAAUAAAAUUCAAGAAGAUGAAGUAGCCAUAAAUGGACAGGAUGCACAAGACAUGGGACCUGAAGUGGUCAUGUUCCCAUCCCUCCGCUCUGAAGACAGUGGGCUGGGCCUCAGUGCCUCGCCUUCUGAUCAGCAGCUUCCCCCUGGCCGUGAGUCAUCCAGCCUUGCGUCAGGGGUUGGCACAAAGGCGGAGGAUGUGUGGAGGAAAGGAGGGAGCAUGGAAAACAUGUCCAAGUGCAUACAAGACAUACUGGCAUCUCUUAUUAGAAGGCACUUGGUGGUGGUUGUAAAUCCAGAAAAGCAGAAGGGACAGGAGGAGGUGAUUCAGGCCGAGCAGCGUGCCUCUCAGCGAGGCAGGACACGCUCUUCAUCUGUGCUUGAAGGCAGCCGAGACCUGGGGCUGAUCAAAGACAGACUGGCGGAGUUCUUUAUCCCUGGGAAGCUGCGAGACCAAUUUCCCUUUAAUGACAAAGGGAAAUGCUGUGGACAUGCACUCCUUCAGUGGACAGAGGGAUUCCAGCCAAGGGGGAAAGGAGAGAUUGGUGAACCCUGUCGACAUGCCUUUACUGCUGCCUGUCACCUCUUGCUGGAGAGCACAACUUUCCCUGUCUACUACACAGAAAAGGAGAGCCAAGAGCUUCACAGCAAAAUGUUCGAGGCCACCACAGAGGGCAGCCUUCCUGAGUGGCUGAGAUCCUUGAUGGCUCUAUGCUGUAUUUCGAAAGACUACCAGGUUCAGCAUGUGGCGAUUUCCUCUCUUCUGGAGCUGAUAAACCACUCGCAGUCUUUAGCGCUAGUCAUCCAGGACAAGAACCAACGCUAUAAAAAAUCAGAAGCAAACCCUCUGAGUGGACAGCUACAGAUGGUCACGUUGCCUCCCAUCUAUCCAGCAGUACUUAAAACUAUGGAGCUACGCACAGACUUUUACCAGCGGGCAGCUCAGGUGCUGUGGGCUCAGCUGGACACCGAACGCAAAGAGCAACAUAUUUCAUGUGUGGAGCUUUUCUAUCGACUGCACUGUCUGGCGCCAUCCACAGCCAUCUGUGAGGAUAUAAUCUGCAUGGCCUUGCUGAGCAGAGACAAGGUUGUGCGUUUGGAAGCUCUUUACAGAUUCUCUGUUUUGUGGCACUUGAUGCGGGAGGUCCAGAUGAAUCGCAGCGCAUCUCUGAACCGCUCCUUUGACAGGUCUCUGUUUGUGGUGUUGGACAGUCUAAAUAGUCAAGAUGGUAGCAUCAGUGCAGUUGGGCAGAGCUGGCUGGUGCGAGCUCUUUCUCUUGGUGAUGUUGUCCGCAUCUUGGAGCCUGUUUUGCUCCUUCUGCUGGACCCGAAGACGCAGAGAACAGCCAUUCAGAAUGUCAAGCGCAAUCUUUCAAGUGGUAAUUGGAAUACAUUAAGUUACAGAGACAGGACCAACAUUAAGAGCACUGGAGAUGGUAUGAUGAACCAACCAGAGGACAGCAUGCUGGCUCACAUUGCUAUGGUAGAUCGUGAAGCUUUAUGGCUUGACCUGCAGCGUGAUCCAGUGCUUCAUGGAAUGCCCUCAGAUUCCCUUGCAAUGUCUCGCAGUGAAAGCGAGGAGACUGAUGGAGAUGAUAACGAGGCCGGAGAAGAGGACAGCGAGCACACGGAGUCGGCUGACACAACUGGAGCCCAGAACUCCACAGAGAGCUCGAGUUCAGGCUCCACCCCUUACCUACAGCGGCCUGCCGAUGGGGAAGGCAUUGUGGUCAAUGGCUUGAAACGGGGGGACUCGGAGCGUACGCAAGCUUCUGAUUCACUAUCAAGUGAUGAGGAUGAUGGGCAACUGGAGGCCCUAGCUAAAUCCCGUCUCUUGAAGCAGCAACGUGAGCGACAAGAAGCAGUGGAUUCGCUGUUCCAACAUGUUCUGCUUUACCGGCAGACAUAUGAAAGUGGACGGGUUCUGUAUGCCUUUGCAGUGAUGGAAACGCUCUUGAGGAGCAGCGCAGGUCCAUUUGUGGAGGCGUUAAGUAACACCGCUUUGGACUGCAGCUCCACUGCCCACCUGAACCUUAUCCAGAACCUAUUACAGAGACAUCGGCAAGCCCAGGAGGGUGGCAGUUUCUAUGGCCCUCUUCAGAAUUCCACCCCUCCCAAAACUGGCACUCCAGAGCAGUCACCCUCCUCUCCUCUUUCCUCUCCCUGUUCCUCCUUAUCUCCUCCCACUUUCCUUCUGGAGAUCCUGACAUGCCUCUGCUUACGGUUCCUACGCUCCUACUUCCCUUCUUAUGCUAGUGUGAAUGCCCGUCAUGUGCAGGCAAACCGGGAGGUGCAGGUCAAGAGUGUGGAGGUGCUGACUGCGCUGGUGGAGCAGCUACUGACGGUGGCCCAGCAGGCCCAGACAGGGGAGUCUGGUGCCAGUGAAAUCUUGGAAGCCAUACGUAAUCUUCUGUGGGGCAGCAGGUUGCAGCAUUAUGUCCUCCUUAUGCUCGCCAAUUCCAUGUAUGUCUGCCAGCGUUCAGAUGCACCUGUCCAAAACCUACUGACUAAAGAUGAGCAGGGUGAUGUAGAAGUCUCUGAAGAGAGCCUGGUUCAUUGUGGGCGAGAUGAAAGUUGGUCUGAACACCCGAUUCAGAUUGCCCUCCUGAAGCUGCUCAAGGUUCUUAUUGUACUAGAACAUUGUGUAUCUCCAACACAUUCUAAGAAACUUGCACAAGGAGAUGCCCAGUUCCAGAAGUCUCUGGAAGAUAUCCCUCCUUCUGCCCUAGCACAAGAGUGGCACACUGCAGUAAUGUUCCAGCAGUCCAUCAAAGCUGUUCGCUAUGUGGCCAGCCAAUCCAUUACAGCACAGGGCAUGUUUGUGUCAGCAGCAGCCCAGGCUCUGUGCCCACAGUAUGGCUUUGCCAUGCACCCAGCUUGGGUGACAUUUCUUUGCGAGGUUCUACCUUUCCUUGGCCGCUCGCUAGCCAUCAUUGUGGCUCCCAUCAUCACCCAGAUCUGCAGAAACCUAGAUGAGCUUGUUAAACAGCAUGAGCAUGACGGAUUCAAGGCUACUCAUGGCAAUAACCUCAAGAAGGAGAACAUUGCACCUGAUUAUCCUCUCACUCUGCUGGAGGGGCUUACUGCAAUUACACAUUACUGCCUCCUGGAACAGAAGAAGUCUGCAGGUUGUGAUGCAACGGACAUGCGAAAUGCCUGUAAUGCCAUUAUGGAGCAGUUUCCUCAUAUGAUCAGCACCAUGGCCUUACUUUGGGGUGUAGUCAAGGGUGCUGACUCGGCUUACAGCAGCAAAUCUUCCUCCACCUCUGUCUGUUUCAAAAGCAUAAAGAUCCUGAAACAGAAGGUUCUGGGACUCCUGAUGCCGUUGACUCAGCAGUAUGGGGCACAAGUCAUGGCCUCUGUGGCUGCUGUAUGGAACAGUAGGCGGAGCCGAAAGAGACACUCCAAAAACAAGAUUCUGCCAGUAGCCAGUGAUUCCCAUUUGACAAUAGUAGAGUUGGUAAAAUCGGUGAACACACUCCGCACCGACACCAUUUUGCAGCUCAUCAGGGAGGUUGUGAAGAAACCCCACCAAAUCAAAGGAGACCAGCAAAGGCCAACCCUAGUUGAUGUACCCAUGCUACAGUUCUGUUAUGCCUACAUGCAGAGUCUUCCUGCUCAGGAGCUUCAGGAAAACAUUAUGGCUAUCCUCUCUCUACUUAAAGAUUCUGUGCAGCUUAAUCUUGCCCCACCUGGCCAUUUCCUCCUUCUUGGCAUCCUGAAUGACACUGUGAAUCGAUUCCCCACCAUGGACAACAAGAGAGAUUCCAGAGAACUGCAGGAAGUGACCCAGAGAAUAUUGGAGGCGGUAGGAGCUGUUGCUGGCUCAUCUCUAGAACAGACCAGCUGGCUGAGCCGUAACCUGGAGGUGAAGGCACAGCCUCAGAUCUGCCUGCAGGAGGAUGAAGAGGAGCCUGAAGGCAGUGAAUUCUAUGAGCCUGUUGGCCAAGGUAAUGCUAUGGUGUCAUCUUCAGCUCCAUCUGUGUUCAGCGUACAAGCUCUGGCUUUGCUGGCUGAGAUUCUAGCCCCUCUUCUGGAUAUGGUAUAUCGCAGUGAUGAGAAAGAGAAAGCUGUGCCUCUCAUCUCCCGCCUCAUGUAUUAUGUCUUCCCCUAUCUGAAAAACCACAGUGCCUAUAAUAUGCCCAGUUUCAGUGCAGGGGCUCAGCUGUUGAGCAGCCUAAGUGGUUAUGCCUACACUAAACGUGCCUGGAAAAAGGAAGUGCUGGAGCUCUUUAUGGAUCCUCUGUUCUUCACUAUGGAUAUGUCCUGUUUCUGCCACUGGAAAUCCAUCAUAGAUCAUCUGCUUACACACGAGAAGACCAUGUUCAAGGACUUAAUGAGCAUGCAGAGCAGUUCUUUGAAGCUGUUUAACAGUGCUGAGCAGAGGCCCAUGUUACUAAAGCGUCAGGCAUUUGCAAUGUUCAGCGGUGAGAUGGACCAGUACCACCUCUACCUACCUAUAAUACAAGAACGUUUGACAGAGAACCUGCGGAUGGGACAGACCCCAGUGGUGUCUGCUCAGAUGUUCCUGAUGUUCCGUGUUCUGUCAUUGAGAAUCUCGCCACAGCACCUCACCUCCCUCUGGCCCAUCAUGGUGACUGAACUGAUUCGUAUUUUUUCAAGGCUUGAAAAGGCUCUGAAAGAGGACAAAGAUGUUUCAAAGAAUAAGCGAGGUGGUCAGGAGAACAACAACCUGAGGGCUUUUUCGCAGGCAGAACUGGACAUGUAUCUAUCAGCCUGCAAGUUCUUGGACGCUGCUAUAUCUUUUCCCCCUGAGCGCAUGCCUCUGUUCCAAAUGUAUCGCUGGGCAUUUGUGCCUGAAGUUGAUGUCGACAGUUACGAUGGUCCAGGUAAUACUCUGCUGGAGGAUGAACAGGAGUGUAAACCUCAUGUGCUCAGGAUACUGGAAGGCCUCCACCAUUGCUAUGGGGAGCUGAAUGGAACAGUGGGAGAAUCUGAAUCCGACUGUAUGGAAUUCCCUCUCCUCACUUUCCACUCAAUUUCGUCCAUCACACAGCUCAUGCCGUUCUUCCAAACCCUUUGCUGCUGUUUCUGCAGCUCAACACCUUCUCCUUAUCCUCCUGCUGAAUACCCACCGUCCAGUGCAGACAGGGUGCUGCAGCGAUUGGAGCUCAUCACAGAGGAAGAGUUUCUGGAUGGUAUGGAUUCUUAAGUCUUAGGCUUUUGGCCAAGCAUUCAGUCUUGGAAUGAGUGCUCUGUUUGAGCUUUCCUAUAGUCUAUCUUAAUUGCUUGGUGAGCAUGAAAGUCAAAGACAUUGUAAUGCAAGUUGUUAUUGUGAUGUCUGUCGUAAUGGAACAUUUUUUUUGUAAUAUCAUAGUUUGAAGUAGUGAUCACAGAAGGAUUCAAGUUCAUUAUGUCAGUUAAUUGCUUUUAUGUGAAUAUUUUGUAAUUUAAUAAAGAAAAUACUGUGGAUUUAAUAUGAGCAAUUAGGUUCCCCCCCCCAGCCAUAAGUACUGCUCAAAUCAUAUCUGAGACUCAAAUUUGAGCUAUUUGUAAUUGAUUGCUUAGCACACAUUAAACAAGGUUUGAGGUUUCACAUUGCAACAGGUGCAUACUGCUUUUGUGAAAUUAUUAUUUUUUUAAAUGUGCAAACUAAAGCAUUGUGACAUUUAUUUCAUGUGACAUUGGUUUUCUCUAACAUUCCAUAACUAUGGGUUUAAAUGGAGCUAUACAUGUAAUCUAGUGGAAAAACACACACAAAGCUCAAUUUUGGCAUUUCACAGGUUUUUUUUUUUUUUUUAAAUACACAACUUGUAGUUUAACAAGUAUUGAUGACGCAAAUGGAGCAUUGUGGGUGGCUGCUAAAUCCUUAAUCAGGAAUCAAGAUGUACAUGUUACCUUAUUAUACUGUAUAUGGUGCAUUUCAGAGCGCUCUCUCUCGUCCUUCCUUUUAUGGAAGAAUAUUUUAGUUAUUUAUUCCUUUUUCCUUGGACACCUGAUAAAGGACCAUUUCUCUUGAUUUUCACCAAGACCUAGCUUUUAUUGCUUUGUCCACUUGACUGAUUCACCAUCAUGGAAAAAAAGUUGAACAGCUUGGCACAGUGUGGACAUUUCCCUGUUUUGAAAAUACUUGACUAACCCUAUUAACAUCUAGUGAUGUGUAUCAGAGCAGGACAAUCGGAAUACUGUAGCAAACUCCCAGCAUACAGGACUGCAGCAAAACUAUACCAUGUCCAUUUGUUCUGUCCUUUAAGUUUUCUCUACCACUCUAUAUUUCACUUUAAUUCACUGCCUUUAUUCUAAGUGAAAAACGGACAUGUAUUGCAUGCAUUGUUGUGGUUAGAAGUCUGUUCCUUUCUUACUGGAUGCAUUACUUUCCUAUACAGCGCAAAUACAAGGGCACAUUUUAGAUUAAAUGCACAUACUGUAAGAGAAUAUUUAUUCCCAGUUUGUAACCAAAAAAAAAAAUCUGCUUUUUUUUUUUUUUGUGUGUGCAAAUCAAUGACCUAGAAUAAAUGUUAAGUAAGGUCUAUUUACAUAAAAUAUAAGAGCUUUAAAUCUAGCCUCAAAUCUCUAUGGUUUGGGGAUAGCUUUUGGACUAGUAUGGGAAAGUGCCUGAAAGAUACAGUGAAGGUUAUAGGCACAAUGUUGUAAUGCAUCAUAAUUCCAAGUUUUUCUUGUACAUGUACACACAGUCUAUAUGUCUUAAGUAAAUUACACACAAAAUGUUUGUGUGAUGAACUGGUUGGCCCUCUGAUUGCUUUUUAAGCUUAAAUGUGAAUUGAAUGUUUAAGGUGAGCAGUUGGAUUCCUUUUCAAAUAAACAUUUUGCCUUUAUGACCUUGCA